AUGGCGGUAGCGGAAGAACUGUCGCGGUCCGACCUUGAGGAUCGACUCACGGAAUUGACCGAAGAGUUCGACCGCCUCAAAAUACUGAGCGUUAACCUAAAAAAGAUGGGUAGAGCGAAGUACUCGGAGAAACUCCUCGAGGAAAAACUCGAUUACGCCAGGCAAAUAUGGCGGAAUACCCGCGCCAUGUAUGCGAGCGUGAGGAAGAUGAUUCCCGCCGCGAAAAGACAAGCCUACGCGCUGUUUAAGCCAGGCUACCUCCUCGGUGCGGAAAACGAAUUCCAGGAAUUCCAGAAUUACGUUACCACCGAGAUGGCCCGAAUUGCCGCUGAGUCUAAAUCAGCGGCACCGGAAGUCCAACAAAGCAGCAUGCUGAUAGAGCUCCCGAAGCUAAGAUUGCCCAAAUUCGAAGGAGAUCCUCUUGAAUGGGAGCAUUUCGAGGAUCUAUGUACCUCCGAGGUUAUUAAUAAUGCAUGUCUAUCGGAUGUACAGAAUGCCUGCUUAGGGGAACCAGCUCUAGCGACGACUUCGUCGCUCGAGAUUGUCGGGCAUAAUUUCCCGGAAACGUGGAAAAAGCCGAAAGACAAAUACGGUCCUCCACGCGUGGCCACGGGAAAGCUGCUUGAUAAGCUCCUGUUCAUGGGGCCGAUUGAUUUAAACGAUCUGGCCAGUAUGCAGCAAAUCACUGUGGAUUGCACAGAGGCUCUCGCUGCUCUCAGGAAAAGGGGCACCCCCGAGCAGCUGUUAGAAUGGCUGCUCGCGCACCGAGCGAUACAGCAUUUCACCCCAAAAUUGAAGUUGGAAUGGCAGAGGACGCUCAGUCACUCGACGGAGUAUCCUACGUUUGAAGACGUAAGGCAAUUCAUUGAUAAUUAUGCGCAUGCUCUGCUUUCGAUGAACGAGGACCGUCGAGAGGCAGCCCUCGCACCUGAAACAAAACCACGCAUGUCUAAACAUAGCGACGCUCGACGAAAGAGCGUCGCUUCAAAGCCACUGACGAGCCCUAACGUCGUUGUGGGAACCGACUCGGCUACAAAACCGAAAAUGUCCAGUUCUGAAACUGACUGGCGAGUCAGGCAGUGCGGAUUCUGCACUGGGCCACACAGUCUGCCACGAUGCAACAAUUUCAUGGUGUUGCCGGCGAAAAUGCGUAAUCAAUACGUAAGGAAUCGGCAGUGGUGUGUGCGAUGCCUAGGGUUCUCCCACACGGCAAUGCGAUGCCCAAGCCCCAAGGUGUGCAACAAGUGUAGUGGGAAGCACCAUUCCCUACUGCACUUUGAUUGCACCCGGGAAGAAAUGAAUGCGAGGCCGUUAGCCCAAAAUUCAUACGGCCAGCGUGAAGAAAGCCGUUUAAAAGUCCAACCACGGCGACCGACCAAGUCGAAGCCAAAGGGAAAGAAAUUCGGCUUCGAAUGCUAA